AUGGAAUAUACAAAUAGGCCAGCACUUCGCGGCGAACAACACUUGACACCAAGCCAAAGAGUCACGAUCGAGGACGUUAUCAAUAUCAUCCUGGUCGGGCAAGCCAUCAUCCGCCAUAAAAGAGCCGGCCCCGACUACGAGCUAUUCGGCUAUGUCGUGCCCCAGGUCAUUCAACGAGCGAGGGAUCUAAACGACACACGAUACGGCUGGUCUGGCGAUCAACAUGAUGACCUUGUGCUAGUGAUCAUUGUGAAUGGCGUGGCUAGCAUGUAUCUCAGGCCUACGGCGUUGGGUUACUAUCCGGAUCAAGUCAUGAGGCUCAUGGAGAACGUGAACAAUCGAUACAGGAUGAACUCCCCAAUCACAUCAGCUUGUGUUACAUUGGCACUUAUGCUGCAUGCCAACCAAAAAGAAUACAAGCUAGAGACGGCCCGUGUCAAGCCUACAUCAACCGGUCAGAGAGCCGCUAUCAGACGAAACAGUUCAAUCGGCUACUGUGCUGGCAUAGAUGAUGGUACUGCAGUACUCGGCUUCAAGGGAUUUCGGAUGAGGGGGCGGAAGAGGGUGCUGCGGAGACGAAACCAUCGACCAAGGAGAGCUCUGAGUGGAGGAGCUGACCGAAAAGAACCUCAGAGGGGACAUACCUGGGGAAUCAAGACGGGUGGUGGGAUGAGCUGGAUUUCGUUGCGCAAAUCGAGCAAUGAGUACGGAGACGAGGGUGCGGGAUGGGACCAAGGGGCUCGGGAAUAUUCGACAGCAAAUUUGUGCUCAAUGAACGCGGACAAGAUGCAAAAAUGUUCUCUGUCUCGGGGAGUAGUUGAUACUCAACCAGAAGUCGUCGGCUGUAUAAGCGAGAUGGACAAAGCCGGAUGCGGCGGCGGUGCCACGUAG